AUGAUAUACCUACCACCCUUGCUUGCGACGCUUCUGGUAUUCAUCUUGCUGUCGCAAUGUCAUUGGCAGCGCCAGCAACCGCUGAACGCUCCGCCCGCUGGUCUUGUGGUAGAUGAACCGCAUCCAAAACGACCAGGCCAUCGGCGAGCCGUGCCUUCACUCUUCCACAAGCGGUAUUCCGAGCAGACAUUCAUCGGGACGCAUGAUGCAGCCGCGAUACGUAGAAAAGAGAACAACUGGUCAUUGUCUGGCAAUCAGUACUUCAAUGUCUCCACGCAGCUAAAUUCUGGUGUCCGCCUCAUUCAAGCUCAAGGCCAUGUGGAUCCCAAUGGCUCGAAUGAGAUCCGUCUCUGCCACUUCAACUGCGCCCUCUUGGAUGGCGGAAGUCUCCAUGAGCACUUGCGUACAGUGAGACAAUUUCUCGACGAAAACCCGCUCGAGGUCGUGACUCUGCUCUUCGUAAAUACAGGCCCGCCACUUGAGCACUGGGCUCAAGCUUAUUUCGACACUGGUCUGGAUGUCAUGUCAUAUAUCCCUCCGCCCGAAAAGCGAGACAGGAGAAUGUAUAUCGAAGACUGGCCGACGAUUGCAGAGCUCGUGGCCACGAAUAAGAGACUGAUCACCUUUCUCUCCAGAGGCGCAGAUGAAGAUGCCGUGCCAUUCCUUCUGCUGGAGUUCAACUAUCUCUUCGAGACGAGCUUUAUCAACGACAGUCCCUGGGACUAUGACUGCGAUGCAUCGCGACCUUGGUUUGGACAGCAUUACGUGCCACGUACGCUGAGCCUAGUCAAUCACUUCUUAUACGCGCAGUUUCUCGGCUUCCGAUAUCCAAAUGCCACAUACGCCAAUACAACGAAUGGCGCCGGGUUCCAUGUCGGAGAGCUGGGCGAACACGCUGCCAGAUGCCGGAGUCAAUACGGAAGACGACCAAACUUUCUUCUUGUGGACUUCUUCAACGAGGGCAAUGUUUUCGAUGUAGAAUAUGGGAUGAACGCCAAUGAUUGAGCGGCAGGGACUCUCAGUACUCUGGCCACUCUCGGUCGACUUCUUCCUUCCAGGCGCGGAACCCGCCUUUGAUGUCUUUGACGUUGAUCCUGGACUCCGUGCCAGCAUGUUGCAGCAAGUCGCGUAUCGCUUUCACUGCUAGCUGGGAGUCGUUACCGUAGCGACAGACAACGUAGUAAUCACUGCCGCCACCGGGACCAGGAAGCGCCCCGGUCUGGAAAGCUUUCUCA